AUGGCGGCUAAAAGAGACUUUGAGGAUGUCGAUGAAGGCGAUGCUUCAAAGCCUACACCAAAGCGAUCUAAGAAACACGGCGGCAAAGCGCGACAACAUCAAAACUCUGGCAUUGAUCCUACCUGGGGCCAGAAAUAUGUCUUUGCAGACAACGAGCAUGCGACAACGAUUCCCGCAGGCGAAGAGUCUGAUUUCGAGGACGAUGCAGAUGCCAUGGCAUAUUUAAACUCAGUUCGACAACAAGCUGCCGGAAUCCCCCAUUUACUCGUCGCACCUAAAGUCCAGAUCGGACCUCAGUUGCCCGCCGAACUUAGAGGUGAUGAUGAAGAUGAUGGAGAAGGACCCGUCGACAGGAGCAUAUACAACGACGGUAUUGGCGAUUCUCGGGGCUGGUACGAGGACGGCGCGUACAUGGCGAUGCCCGACGAAGCGAACGACGAGGGAAACUACGAAGAAGGAGAAUACCCAGAAGAUGACGACGACAGCUAUGAUGAAGAAGUAGCUAUACAUGAAGCCUACUUUACCUCCGUCAUGGACCACUAUCUUCACCUACGAACUAUCCUUCAUGCCGCCACUCCCCAGAACGCCCGUUCUCGUCUCGCAAAGGCGCAACUCAAGACCGAAGCCCCUGCAGAUAAUCAAACCUCUGUGAUAGCCACCUGGUCGCGAAUUUUGCGCGACACUGAUCCUCAUCCACUUCAGAUCGCUCACAUGUCCAAAGACACGACGCUGCGAAUACUGCGCAUCAUGCUUGGCGGCAAGUUUCUUCGUCGCGGGUACACACUUCCAGAACGUACGAGUCGCUGGGUCUGGGCAUUACUUGCAAGACUGCCAGAUAGGGGCGAACUAAACUAUGCUGAGAUUGGUUGGAUUCGUGACCUGGGACGAAGAGCAGUCCUCUUGGGCAGAAGUUUAUCAGAAAUGGCGGCAUUAAGAGACGAGUUGGCAGAAGGUGGGCUUGGCGCGCAUGAAGCUGUUGAUAGAAGCAGCAGUGACGAAGACGUUAUGGCCGAUCCAGAAGACAUGGAGGUCGAAGGUGCCAUCAGCGCAGAGGAGGACGAAGAUGAUUCCACGCCACCUGAAACCGGACAGGAAGUCGAACAAACAUCAAAAGUCACAGAGCCCACAACGAGUUCACUGCCAAAGCCUGAUGCAGAAGAAGGUGAGAUAGAGGAAGAGGAAGACGUGGCUAUGGAUACUGCAUCGGACUCGGAUGCCGAAGAAGGUGAGCUUGCUGCUCCAGAGUCCGAUGUGAAUCUCGAAGCAGCGAAAGAACGAUUGCUCGCCCAAAUCAAUGGUGGAGUGGCUCAAGAGGGCGACGAAGGCGCAGCGAAGGAGGCUGCGAAACAGCGAUUGCGGGCGAAUCUACGUGCUACCAUCAACAUGAUCUUGACGGUAGCUGGUGAGUUUUACGGACAGAGAGACUUGCUCGAGUUCCGCGAGCCCUUCGUGGGCAUGUAA